GCAGCUUUCAAUUCCCUCUUAUUUAAUAGCUUCAUACUACAACAUCCUUGACCACAAUACAAAGUGAGAGAUUUCCUAGAGCUUUCAAAUUUCCACAUCGCUUCACUGCGUUACUUAUAGAGUAAAAAGCAUUACCAAUAUCAUAAUUCGUUAACAAUUAGGAGGACAAACAUGGCUUCGAUCAAGUUUAUUACUAUCUGUUUCGUCACUGCUCUUUUCAUCAGCCUUACAAUAUCUUCCGUUGAUGCUGCCUCCGGCGAGGAAUUCAAAGUUGGUUGGCGUCAGCCAGGUGUUAAUGAAACAGAUCUCUAUCAUCACUGGGCUUUAAAGAAGAAAUUUCACGUCGGCGAUUCACUCCGUUUUGAGUACAAGAAUGACUCGGUUAUUGUAGUGGACAAAUGGGAAUUUUAUCAUUGCAAUAGGACUCAUCCAACUUGGGGCGCUAAGGACGGCAACACCACAGUGAAUCUUAACAGGGCUGGUCCCUUUUACUUCGUGAGCGGUGAUCCAGAGCAUUGCAAAAAUGGCCAGCGUUUAGCCAUUGAAGUUCUCCCACUAUACCCCAUCUCCCAAUCUCCACCACAGCCAAUUUCAAUGGCGCCUGCACCAUCGCCACUUUCAAGCUCAGCUCUUGUUUCAACAAUUCCGCUGACAUUCAUUUCGGUGUUGAUUUCGCCUAUUGUUGCAGUGCUUGGUGGUUUAGCAUGAGUCCUAUUAUUGUCUUUGUUUAGUGAUGUAGUUCUAACAUCAUAUAUAGUCUACUAAGAAUAUUUAGCUAAUUAUUUCAAGCAUUCUUAGGUUCUAGAAUCUGUUGUUCCAUUUUUUCGGACUGGAUUUAUGGCUCAUUUGAGUUUGUUGU